CGCGUGAUUGAAGCAUUCCAGCCAUUUGAUUGAUAUACAGCAAUUGCGAGGCUAAUGAGCCGCAGUCAUGGAAUCACGCAGCUCCACUGUGGAUGCAACUGGAGUGGGAUUGUGCCUUUCCAGCUUUUCAGAUGCCCGAAGAUGCAGAUGCUGCUGCUACUGGUGCUCUUCAUCCUUUUGGCCGCCACGCUGCUGUUUUGGAAAUGGCAGGGCAAUCACUGGCGUCGCCUGGGACUGGAGGCACCGUUUGGCUGGCCAUUGGUGGGUAAUAUGUUGGACUUUGCCCUGGCACGACGCUCCUAUGGCGAGGUUUACCAGGAGAUCUACACUCAGAACCCGGGAAUGAGAUAUGUGUGCUUCUAUCGCCUGUUCAACGAACCCGCCAUUCUGGUGCGCGACCAGGAGCUGCUGCGCCACAUCCUGGUGAGCAGCAACUUUGCCAACUGCGCGGACAACGCCGUCUAUGUGGACCACCAGCGUGAUGUCCUGGCCAGCCACAAUCCCUUCAUCGCCAACGGGGAUCGCUGGCGACUCCUGAGAGCCGACCUGGUGCCACUCUUCACGCCCAGUCGAAUGCGCCAGACCUUGCCGCAUGUGACCCAAGCUUGUCACUUGCUCCGGGAUCAGGUGCCCCUGGGAAGGUUCGAGGCCAAGGAUUUGGCCACGCGCUAUACGCUGCAAGUGGUGGCCUCUGCGAUCUUUGGGCUGGAUGCCCACUGCCUGGGGAGUCGCGAAAAGGUGGCUCCACCAAGUCGCUGGCUGGAGUGGCUGGCACCGCUCUUUCAGCCAAGUGCCUGGAGUUUGCUGGAGACUAUGGCACUGCUGCACUCGUCCCGCUUGGGAUGCCUAAUUGGCCACAGAUACGUACCCCUGCCGCUGCAGCAUUGGUUCAGGGAGUUGGUGGCAGCUAGAAGUGGCGGCGACAACCUGCUCCAAUGGCUGGCGGAGAGCAAGAGGGGCUUGGAAAUGGAGGAGCUGGCUGGACAUGCCACCACUCUCCUGCUAGAGGGCUACGAAACCUCGGCAAUGCUACUGGCAUUCGUCCUCUACGAAUUGGCCCUCAAUGAGGAGGCCCAGCAACGUCUGCACUUCGAAUUGGAUGCAGUGGCUCAGCGCCACGCUGGCAAUCUGCUGGACCAAGUGGCUCUGGGUGAGCUGCGCUAUGCUGAAGCUGCGCUCUUGGAGGCACUGCGUCUGCACCCGGCCAUGCAGGCUCUGCAGAAGCGCUGCACCAAGUCAUUCACGCUUCCUGCCCAGAAAUCAGGAGCAGGAGAACUCAAGGUGCAUGUGGGCACUGUGCUGGUGCUGCCCGUUCAGGCCAUUCAUCUAGAUUCCGAAUUGUAUCCGGCACCCAAGGAGUUUCGUCCAGAUCGCUUUCUGCAUCAGCCACCAAUGGGCUGUCGGUUUCUGGGCUUCGGUGCCGGACCACGAAUGUGUCCGGGAAUGCGACUUGGACUGCUCCAGACGAAGGCCGCCCUGGCCACACUGCUGCAGGAUCACUGCGUCCUGCUGGCGGAUGAGGGGCAGUGCAGGGUGGAGGUGUCGCCGCUCACUUUCCUCACCGCCAGCAGGAAGGGCAUUUGGCUGCGUUUUGAGAGAAGGACACCUGAAUAAGGCAUUAAAGCCUGUGUAAAAUGUGACACCUACUGUAUAGAUCGCACAUGGAAAGGUUCAUCUCUUUUGGUAGCAACACGGUAAUAGUUGGGAAUGUACUUAAGAGGGAAAUGGGUAAGAGACCAUAUAGCACGCAAGUUUAUUGUCAUUUGCGGUUGGGCGAGUAGUUCAGCUGAGCAUAAUUUAAAUUGCCAUCGAAAGCGCAGUUUGCGGAUGGAAUUCUUGGCACAAAUGGUGGGGGGAGCUGUGUGGAGCUGCUAAUAAUAUGGCAAUUUCCAUGAAAUUGCUCAGCUUGUUCGCUGAUAGGACAUUUGCGACAUCCGGCCGACAUACUCGCUUUGGCUGGGAAAAUUUAUGACAGGGUAAUGUCAAACGAUGGCCUUAAACGCAACGGGAAAGUUAAAAAUUUAAUCAAAUUUAUUGUCACAGAGAAAGGAGCAAGCAGUGUGUGUGAAAAUGGGAGCCAUGGGUCUACAGUGGAAAAUCCUGGGAAAUGGGAUAACGGCCUUUAACGAGCGCAUAAAUGCUUAAAUGUUUAAAUGUUUAAAUGCUCGUCUCGUGCAUAAUUUACGGCAUUUAAAUUGACCUUUUUAGCGGGGUCAGUUGCCCAGGAAACGAAUCGCUCGAGUGCGGCGAUAAUUCAGUGUUCCAAGUGAAGGCCUAUGCUAAUGCACACUUUCCAUUUCGCAUAAAGAACUGUAGGCACCUGGAGGC